GCCAAGAUGCCUCAGAAACACCCGCUCAUUCGGAUGUACACUUUGUUGACGGUCAUAGAUUGAAGAUGCAAGUCGCAAAUCUAAUGCAACGAGUUUAAACUAAAAAAUUCUGGGGAUUAUCAUGCGGACUAAAUAUUUGUUUUGAAAUGCAAAUUGGAAAAGUUUGGAGACCCAAAGUGGACACGGGGUCGGUCUUGGGAAUGCGCAGUAAAUUAGUGCUUUUUGUAUAACUGAGUAAUUUGCCUAAAGAGCAACGGCAGCAGCCAUUACCAUAAUCAUGCAAGGAUACAACUGGACUUCUAAUCAACGACCUCCACCUAAGUACCAAGAAAAAGAACGACCUCCGCCCAAGUACCAAGAACGACCUCUGCCCAAGUACCAAGAAAGGCUCCUGCCUAUGUACCAACCCACCAGGAAUUAUCAACCACCCAACACAAACCAGACACAGUUCAACCCACAACUAUAUACCUCACCGCAGCAAAGAUAUUCAAGUGGACAACAACAGUAUGUAAAUCACUGGAAUUCUUCUCAAGGUGUUCGCUCAAACAGUGGGGACUCUUUUGCUCUUGUUUUUCAACCAAAAGCAAAUCAGACCCACCCCCACCCAUUCAGAGGCUCCCAGACACAGCAGCACUGCACACAAGGGAUGGUCUCUCAAACAAAAGUACCAUCUGAAAACCCCAAUACACAUAGGUAUUAUGCCCAAUUCAGCACUCCGCAUGUUUACUCCCGACAGAACUACGGAAACAUAGGCCCAGUGCAAAAUAAUGGUGGCCCUAACCAAGCUCCACUGUCUUUACGUUCAGACCGUGGAGGCUCUAGAACUGGGUGUAAUGAUAACACCAGGAGUUGGAACUUCCACAUUUCUGACAAUGGGAGCUCUUGCCACAUGAACAACCAGCAACAACCUUGUUCUUCUAGAACAGCACCUCUUCAUCACCAACAAUGGUUCUCUGGACAACAGUCAGACCAACAGCAGACUAUGCAAAACACAAAACCUGGAUGCUCUCAACAAUCCACUUCUUGGGCCCAAAACAAUGGUACGAUGCAGAGAAUGUACAUCAGCCAAGCUCAGAACACUGAAACAAUCCAUUAUACCUCAAACAACUCUGUCAGACUGCCACACUCUGGAGCACAAAAGAGCAUUUCACCGCCUUCCAUUAAUUUUCAGAAGAGUCCUGUAAUGCAGAGCCAGCUAGGAAUGAUGAUGAAUACAGGUCCAAAUGUAUCAGCCACCCAGUUUCAGAAUAGUCAAAGCAACAAUGAACAGCAGAGCAUAGACAAUAGGACAUGUAGCAUUAAUCAGACUGCUCAAAACCAAACACAGCAGAAGACUCUCACCAAUGAAGCCCAACCUAACCCUCAGUCUAAGCCUGAUUUAAACUUAAUUUCUUAUGUUAACCCAUUAUUAUAUCGAUUACUGUGUUCGGAUGACAAUGAAGAAGGUUUUGCUAAUAGUUCAGCAGUAAAUAAGCAGCCAUCAGAUGGAAGAACUAGACAUCAGAGUGCACAGUUUACAGAUGAACCACCUAGUAAAAGAAUGUACUACGGUGUAUUUCAGAAAGACUAUUGGAACCAAGUGCCCUCCAAAAAAAUAAGCAUCUCCAAAGAUGCGAGUGGGUUUGCGUCACAAUCUGUCUUACCUGACAUCAAUCAGACAGGCAGAACAGAACAGAGUAGCAGUGAGAAGAGACAUGGUACUAGACAACAUGGGGUACAAUACACUGCUGACCCAGCAGAUUGUCUUGAAGCGGUGUUUUCUCUACAGAAAGCUGCUCAGCAAGUUCACAAGGCCAUAGCAAUCGUGCCCCCCAUUUCCCAGCAGACCUCAAAUACUGAACUGAUGGAUGAUACAAGUCCAAAAACAGUUGACAGUCCACCUCUAAAGAUUGAUACUGUUUGGUCAAUUGCUGAAGAGCCUGAUGCACUGAGUUUUGUCACAAAAGUAAAUGACAAGCUGUCUGAAUUGCCUGCACCAGUCACUCAGCAGGAUGAUAGAAGGUUUAGCAUUCAAACUGAGACCACAAACAACAUCACAGUCACUAGCAUACCUCAAAGUCCUGAUAUUUGCUUGCAGAAAAAUUAUACAGAGCAGAGUGAUUGUGAUUCAGGUGAUACUGUGUUUGACUUUUCCAGUGUGCCAGUGGUUGAGUACACACUGCUGAAACUGAUGAACUUGACAAAAUCUAUAGAGAUGGAAGAGAUGACCAAGUUAUGCGCUAGAUAUGCAGAUAUACCAGAGAGUGUUUUCAAUUGGAUCUUGGAACUCUACUGGAAUGGGGACAAAUACAAUCUUUUGGAAUCUUUAAAGUUGCAUAGAGAACUGACGGAGUGCUCAUCAGGUGUAAAGAAUGAUGAAUCUGUGGUAUUUCAAAGCAUUUCAUCUGAAAACUUUAAUAAACUGGCUCAUUGUGACAUUCUCAACGAUGAGAUCUGUUUGUCAUCUGAGGAGUUCAGAUCCUCUUGGUUAAAUGUUGAUGGACAGCCUGCGGAUAUUGAUAAAGUGCUUUCAGAACCACUGCCAGAUUAUGUUCCUUCAAACUAUUCAGGUGAGAAUUCACUUAAAGAAGAUCCUGAGGUUACAUCCAUCAGAACAGAGCAAAGUGUAAAGCCAAACACAUGCAGUUUAUUUACUGAAAGUCAUACAGAGGUUUUCACACCUUUGGCAGGAAAUGGCAGGGAGGAAACAGCUAUCAAGGACAAAGGGCCUGCAGACCUCUCACCAUUAUCAGAAAUGCCUUCAGAAGAACUAACAGACCACAGCAAAGAAAUGGAAGUAUUAAACCAAGAACACAUCAGAGUCACACAAGAUGUCAGUCUCACCUCCCCCCUGGAAGUCAUACAUUUAGAGUCUGAUUCAUUUCCUGUGAGACCUGUAGAUAAACUUUUGGAAUGUGCCAGUGCUGUUUCAGAUGAUUUGAAUAAAUCUAAGGUGUCCUUUUCUACAGAGGCUCUUAGUAAAUCCACAAACACAUUGCAAGUAGAAGAUAUUUCUGACAAUGAGAAUUCGGGGAAUAAGGAGGCUGCUAGCAACUCCACAGUCAUCUGGCAGGUGAAAGAUAUUUCUGAUGAUGAGAAAUCAGGUAAAGCAGAGACUCUUAAAAAAUUGACAGACGUAUGGCAGGUGGAAGAUAUUUCUGACAAUGAGAAUUCAGGCAAGACAGAUGUAUAUAUGAUGGAAGAUGUUUCUAAUGAUGAAAAUUCAAGUGAUCACUCCCUGUUGAUGGAAGUAACUGUGCUGUCAUCUGAAGAUGCUAGAAACCUUUUCCAUCAGUUAGAAAAAGAACCUCAAUGUAACAUAAAAACCAAGUCUACUCAAUCAAACAUUGACUCCCCAGAGCUUAUGGCAUGGUUUAGCUCACCCAGUGCACCUAACCAUAAAUGUAGUGAAGUAAAGAUUUGCUUUCGUUGUGGUAGCAAUCACAUUGAGAAAUCCACUUCCAAUCAUGUGAUUAAAAAGGACAAUGAUGGUGAACUUUUCUGCUCCCACUGUUGGGAUGAGGCACCAUCACUUGAACUAGAAAGUGAGUCAUGCUCUCCUAAAAGGAACAAGUCUGAUGCUUUUGGCAUCCUCACUAAAUCAGAUGAACAAGAGCAAAGAAGUAGUCCGCCAACUCUUGAACUGGAAGUCCUGGAGACAACUGUUCCUUCAACAGAGGCAAAAACUGAUGAUAAAGGACAGACAGGACAAAAAAGUGACAGCAUGGUAAAAUCAGCAAUGCCUGAUCUCAGAAUAACUGAGAUUCAAAGUUCAGAUGAAGAGGAGUUUAGCAAGAUUGAAACAAAUAUGUUAAAAUCAGACAAAAUCAGCUUAACCAAGCUCCAAAUGCCCAUGCAACACAACACGCCUCCUCCAACGGAAUCAGUUUUUGUUAAGCAUAAACCAAAAUUCGAUACCACUAGCACUGGUGUUGAUGAUUGUGUGCUCUUCCAACAGUUAGAAACAGAACCUCAAUGUAACGUGAAAGCCGAGUCUAUUCGAUCAAGCUUUGACUCAACAGAACUUGUGGCAUGGUUAAGCUCACCCAGUCAGCCUAACCAUGCAUGUAGCGAAGCACAGAUUUGCUCUGGUUGUGGUACCAAUUGCACUGAGAAAUCCAAUUCCACUUAUGUUACUAAAAAGGACAAUGAUGGUGAACUUUUGUACUCCCACUGUUGGAAUGAGGCACCAUCACUUGAACUAGAAAGUGAGUCAUGCUCUCCUAAGAGGAACAAGACUGAUGCUUUUGGCAUCCUUAAUAAAUCAGAUGAACAAGAGCAAAGAAGUAGUCCACCAACUCUUGAACUGGAAGUCCAGGAGACAACUGUUCCUUCAGAGGCAAACAUUGAGGAUAAAGAACUGACAGGACAAAAAAGUGACCACAUGGUAAAAUCAGCAAUGCCUGAUCUCAGAAUAACUGAGAUUCAAAGUUCAGAUGAAGAGGAGUUUAGCAAGAUUGAAACAUAUAUGGUCAAAUCAGACAAAAUCAGCUUAACCAAGCUCCAAAUGCCCAUGCAACACAACACGCGUCCUCCAACGGAAUCUGUUUUUGUUAAGCAUAAACCAAAAUUUUAUACCACUAGCACUGGUGUUGAUGAUUGUGUGCUCUUACAACAGUUAGAAACAAAACCUCAAUGUAACAUGAAAGCCGAGUCUAUUCGAUCAAGCUUUGACUCAACAGAACUUGUGGCAUGGUUAAGCUCGCCCAGUCAGCCUAACCAUGUAUGUAGCGAAGCACAGAUUUGCUCUGGUUGUGGUACCAAUUGCACUGAGAAAUCCAAUUCCACUUAUGUUACUAAAAAGGACAAUGAUGGUGAACUUUUGUACUCCCACUGUUGGAAUGAGGCACCAUCACUUGAACUAGAAAGUGAGUCAUGCUCUCCUAAGAGGAACAAGACUGAUGCUUUUGGCAUCCUUAAUAAAUCAGAUGAACAAGAGCAAAGAAGUAGUCCACCAACUCUUGAACUGGAAGUCCAGGAGACAACUGUUCCUUCAGAGGCAAACAUUGAGGAUAAAGGACUGACAGGACAAAAAAAUGACCACAUGGUAAAAUCAGCAAUGCCUGAUCUCAGAAUAACUGAGAUUCAAAGUUCAGAUGAAGAGGAGUUUAGCAAGAUUGAAACAUAUAUGGUCAAAUCAGACAAAAUCAGCUUAACCAAGCUCCAAAUGCCCAUGCAACACAACGCGCCUCCUCCAAUGGGCAAUGAUGGUGAACUUUUCUGCUCUAACUUUUGGGUUGAGGCACCAUCGCUUGAACUAGAAGGGGAGGAGCCAAUUGUUCCUUCAACAGAGGCACACUUUGCCGAUGAUAGACUGGCAGGACAAAAAAGUGACAGCAUGGUCAGAUCAGCAAUGCCUAAUCUCAGAAUGCCUGGAAUUCAGAGUUUAGUUAAACAGGAGCUUCCCAAGAUUCAGUCAGAUAAGGUCAAAUCAGACAAAAUCAGCAGGACCAAAUUCCAAAUGCCCAUGCAACGCAUCACACUUCCUCCAACAAAAUCUGUUGUCAAGCAAAAGCCAAAAUCCGGUAGCACUAAGAUUGUUGUUGAUGAUUGUGAGCUCUUCGCUCCAGAUGUUGUGAUUAAAAAGAAUUGGCCACAAAAGAAAAAUUUUGAUGAGCAUAACCUUUAUGGUGUAUCUGAAAUUAACCACUCUAGUGGUGAAAAUCAGAACUGCAGAAAUUUGAAAAAAGUUAAAGAUGGACAAAAUUAUCCCUUACAGGCUAUGAUGGACAGAAACUCUCAGAACCUUACAAAAAACCUACACAAGUUGAGAGAGAGAGUGUCCAUUCAUUCAAAUACAACACCAUGCAUGACCACAAUGCCUCACAAGUCAAAUAAGAAGCUUGAUAUGUAUGAUGGUGCUCAAUCAGUGAAGAAAAUAACAAAUGAGAAAAAUAAAGUUAAAUUUGCCUUAUAUGGAUCCAAAGGUGACCAAUGCCUUGCCCUGGAGCGGCGUCCCUCUGCCCCUCCUACCUUAACAGUUUCUAAUGCUGGCAAGGACUAUGCUUGUGUGCUUUCUGCUAAACAAAAAGUUCACAACCAGUGGAGCAGCACCUACAUACCCAAAGUAAAGAAGAUCUCUCUACCCAAGUCACCACAGGAGAAGAAAAGGAUGCCCUCUCCACCUAAAUCACUACAGAAGAAGAUGAAGAUGACCUUUUCUCCACCCAAAUCUCCAAAGCAGAAUACAAAAAUUCAGAAACCUCAGGAAGUCUUGAAGUCAAACAUGGAUGCUUUAAAAAGCCAGUUGAAACAAAGAGCCAUGCAGCUAUCCAGUAAAGUGAUAGAGCUAAAUUCCUCCAGAAAACCAUUUUCCCAGCAAAAGCUUACGAAUACACUACACGGUUAACUUUUGCCUUGUGAAGUUGCUUAAUUGUUGCUUUUAAUAUGUUUACUUAAAAGGACAUAUAAUACCUGUGGCUGAAAUGUGUGAAUGUUUUCUGUAAAUGACAUUGCUGACUGUUUUUAAUUUGUACUUUCACCACUGAGGGCAAAGUAGAAAACAUUUUUUUAUAUAUAUACAAUAUUGUUUUUUACCUGGGGUUUUAUUGUUUUUAUAAUGUUGUAUAGUACUCUGUGUAUGACUGAAUCAUGUUGUUUGAUCACAGUGAUCUUUAAAUGUACUAUUUUAAGAUAUAAUAAUGUUAUUUUAAAAAUAAUUUGUUGUCUUGAAAAUAAAUGACAUGAAAAUGUACUGGAAAA